GCGGCGGGCGUGGGGGGGCCUGCGGGGUCCCGGGCCGGCGAGGCGAGCGGCUGCCUGCCCCGGGCCGACGGCGCCGCGCCCACCCUCCAGCCCGCUGCACCGCGUUCAGCCGCCGCCUCGCCUCCCCCCGGCCGCGUGGCCGCGGCGUAGACCGACGACCUGGUGUCCUGGCCGCGGGGCCACUUGCAGCCAGCGCACGCUGCAGCCGGCUACUUUAAGAAAAAUGGCUUUGUCAGCCCGUCAGAUACCCAGAUGGUUCAAUUCAGUUAAAUUGAGUAGCUUUGUUACAGCUAUGCAACUGGGAAAACGUUUUCCAAGAGCAGGAAAAACAUUGUUGCGUGGCGUUUCUGCUCAGCCACAGAUGUCCUCUGGCAAUUGCUUUCUCCAGUGGGGAUUUAAGGCUUACAGGACUUCCUCCUUACGGAAUAGUUCCCAGUCGGCCAACCCAAGUAGGCAGGAGAUUGGUUCUGCCCAAAGUACUCUGCUUCCUUCUGUGAAUGAACAGACACCGAAGACACAAAAGAUACCCAGCCUUGAUUCUGAGCUGUCUCUAGAAGCUCUGGACGACCUGCCCUCCCUGGCUCCCCUGCAGCCCGUCUCCGAGGAGGAGGCCAUUCAGAUCGUCGCAGACCCUCCGUUGCCCCCAGACACGUUCACCCUCCGAGACUACGUGGAUCAUUCCGAGACUCUGCAGAAAUUAGUGCAUUUAGGAGUGGAUCUCUCAAAGAUAGAAAAACAUCCAGAAGCAGCCAACCUCCUUCUGAGACUGGAUUUUGAAAAAGACAUUAAGCAAAUACUCAUGUUUCUUAAAGAUUUGGGUAUAGAAGAUAACCAGCUGGGAACAUACCUGACUAAAAACUAUGCUAUUUUCUCUGAAGACCUUGAAAAUCUUAAGACCAGAGUGGCUUAUCUACAAUCAAAAAAUUUCAGUAAGGCACAGAUUGCACAGAUGGUCAGAAAUGCGCCGUUUUUGCUGAGUUUUUCAGUGGAAAGAUUGGAUAACAGAUUGGGAUUUUUUCAGAAAGAACUUGAACUCAGCGUGAAGAAGACUAGAGAUCUGGUCGUUCGUCUCCCAAGACUACUAACUGGAAGCCUGGAGCCUGUGAAAGAAAACAUGAAGGUUUAUCGUCUUGAACUAGGUUUUAAACAUAAUGAAAUUCAACAUAUGAUCACCAGAGUCCCCAAGAUGUUAACUGCAAAUAAAAGGAAGCUUACUGAGACUUUCGACUACCUGCACAAUGUGAUGAGCAUUCCCCACCAUCUCAUUGUCAGGUUCCCCCAGGUGUUUAAUACAAGGUUGUUUAAAGUCAAAGAAAGACAUUUGUUUCUUACCUAUUUAGGAAGAGCACAGUAUGAUCCAACAAAACCUAACUACAUCUCUCUGGACAAGUUUGUGUCUGUACCUGAUGAAAUAUUCUGUGAGGAGAUUGCCAAAGCCUCAGUACAGGACUUUGAGAAAUUCUUAAAAACUCUUUAGUGUUUGAUGAAUGUUAAGAUGUAAUAAUGUAAAAUGAAUGUAUAUAUGAGUGAAUACUACAUGUUUUUAAAUAAAUGCCUCAGGCCUCCAUUAA